CAGCUAUGUCUGGCAGAGGAAGAUUGUUUGCUACUAAAGCCCCCGUAGCAAGAGCUACUUCUAAACUCCCAAGAUGUUCCCCUAAUGCUGGACCUACUAUCACACCAGCUAGAAGUACCUCUAAACUCCCAAGAAUCCCCCCUAAUAAUCGAGCUCGAAAUACUGGGAAUACUGGAAAUACUGGAAAUACCAGCUUGAGGCAUGCCCGUUCGCAGAUACUAUCAGAUCAGAGGAGGUACAACAGAAACUCAACUCCCAGGGUUCUGCAAGGUUUUAACCAAAGUAAGCCCAAAACAAUGGAGGAGUUACGACAAGCCCGUCUCAAGAAGUUUGAUAACAACAACACAGAAUGAGAAUUUGAAUUACACAACCGUGUACUCGUAUGGGCAUCUAACUUUAAUUAAAUUAUUAGGCUUUUAAAAAGUUUGUAUAUAAUAUUUGUACAAACUUAUAUAAUCAUAUAUAAUAUGAUUUCAGAAUCAUGUAAAUAUGUAAUAUAAUAAACAAUAUACAAGCUUUAAACAGAUUUUUAUAUUAUCUUCCAGAUUUUAAUAAACCAAUUUGUAAUUUGCAUAAUCAGAGGCGUAUUUUAUGGAAAAAUGCGUAUUUCCUGUAAUUUCCGCUCUAAUUGCAUGCAUAGUUUUAAUUAAUCAGUGCGAUCAGAGUUUUUCAGACAAUAAUAGGAUGCAGGUUAUCUCAUAAUAAUUUAGUAAACGAUUGUUUGUUUGUAUAUAUCAUAUAUAUAUAUCAUAGUUACUAUCAAAACAGCAGUGUAAAUAUUUACAACAAAAUUUGUGUAUAAUCAU